GAGGAGGAGGAGGAGGAGGACACCGAAGAGGACGAAGUUCAGGUGAUCGAAAUGAAGAAGGAGAGCGGCGGCGCGCCCCGCCCGCAGCAGCCGGCCGGCGGCGAGCCCGCGGGCAGCCCCGGCCACAACUCCCCGCUGAUGGAGCAGCCCGGCCUCGGGAAGAAGAACGACAUCUCCAGACACAGCUAUUCCAGGUACAACACAAUCUCCUACCGGAGGAUCCGUAAAGGAAACACCAAACAGCGGAUCGACGAGUUCGAGUCCAUGAUGCACUUGUGAACUGAGGGGGAGUGCCUAACGCACCGAGCCUUUGCUCUGGCUCGGUUUUAUCUUCUCCCCCGAAACGUGUCUCUUCACACAACACGAGGUCACUGCUUUUCUUCUUUUUGUAUAUGAUUUAUAAUACACUGUGAAAAUUUAACAUCUUGGCUUUGACGGGGGCAGAGGCAUCCAUAGCGCAGGAAAAUAAAUAAUCAGUUUGCUAAAUACA